UAGUGACGUUUUCAGACGAGUUAUUAUUGUAUUCCUAAUUUUUGUUUGUGCUUUAAAAUUUAGGACCUGUUAUUAGUCGAUAUAAAUGUGAUGUUUAAGGUCUUGGUGGCUUUUAUUCUAAAAUUAAAUUAUAUCGCAGUGUUCGCUAAUUAAAUUCUAAAAUGACUGAGACGCGUCGUUUACAACUCCAUCUGGGGAAAUGUAUCGAAGAUUUAGAUAAAUUACACAAUGUUGACUUUAAAUCUAAAAGAGCUACAAUGUUAUGCAAAACAGCUCAAAAACUUUUUGAAACUGCAGAAGAGGCCCGUGAAAAGGGCGAUGAGGAGUAUUCCUAUGUGCAAUACAUGAAAUACCUACGAGUCGUUUCAUAUAUAAGCAAAGAUAAAGAUUAUUCGAAAGACAAGACUUACUUUAACAGUAUGAUUGGAACAAAAAAUCCAAACAAAGCUUUAGAUGCUGCUGAGAAUCUAAAAAAUAGCUUAAUUGUGAGGUAUAAGAAAGAAGAACAAGCACAACGCCUUCAAGACAUAAAAGAGAAUGAAUUGAUUAAGCAAAAAAUUGACGAAAACAGAAAGAAGGCAAUGGAAACAGUUGUAGUGAAUGACCCAAUACCGCAUGGUAUACCAGGUCUAGAGGAAGUGACGAUCAAAAGUGAACAAUUAUACACAUUACUAAAAAGUGGCAAGUUGAAGGUAAUGAUAAUGGACGCCAGGCCUGGAAAAGACUACAUUGAGUCCCACAUAAAUCACCCAGCUUGCAUCAGUGUACCACAGGAAUGUAUAUCACCAGGGCAAUCAGCACAUGUAUUGGAACAGAGCUUGCCAGCUGCAUCAAGGCCCGUGUGGGCUGAACGAGCUUCCAUGGACAUCAUUGUUAUGCUGGACUGGAGCAGUUCUGCAUUUAUACCAGGAAUGACUCUGCAUUUGUUGAAAACGAUACUGCUUAAGUGGGAUGUAAAAGUACAAUAUUCAAGACAACCGCUAGCUUUAAACGGCGGGUAUGAGGACUGGCUUCUAAAGUAUCCCGCGUUCACAACCAAUCCGCAAGCUAUCCCACCAUCGCAAGAGAGCAUGCUUGACGAUAUUAUGCUAGACGGAAUCGACUACCCUAACUUCUCGGAUUUGAGUCCACCGUCCGCUCCCGUUAAUCGGUUCAACAAACCUGGAGAACCAGCCAUCGAUCGAAGCAGCAAGUCGGCGGCGCUGGCGCUGUACUCGGAGCGCGCGCGCGGCGUGCAGACGCUGCUGGAGCGCCAGGAGCGCAUCGAGGACACCUCGCUCACGCUGGAGAUGCAGCGCCUCAAGGCCGAGCAGGACUGGGAGGACGUCCGUCAGCACCGGGAGGUGGAGCAACGGGACGAGAUGCGCGCCAUGUACAAGCUGCGGGAACAGGAGAUCAUAUCUCAGCUCAUGCAGCUCGAGAACAAACAAUACGACAUGGAACAAGAAAAUCUCUCACUCCGCGAACAACUCGAAGAGUAUCAGCGCAAAGAGAAAGAGGAGGCGGAGAAACUCGCGGAGAGCAUCGUGAAGGCCACGGAGGAAGUUCCCGUGGACGACGACGUACAGGUGGCGGCGGCGGCGUCGCGCGCGCGCAUCGCGGCCGUGCGCGCGCAGCGGGACGCGCUCGACCGCCGCCGGGAGGCGCUGGAGACCGAGCGCAAGCGGAAGCUGGCCGAGGCGCGCGCCAAGCGGAAGCCGGGACGGGAGGACGACGGCGAUGCGUACAUGGGUUCUCCCACGGACAGUCCCGGAGCGACCGGUCUGAACCGCUCGCAGUCGUCGCCCAACAUCGCCAAGGUGUCGUCGGACGAGGACGAGUCGUCGACGCCGCAGUUCGACCGCAGCACGAAACCGCCGCCGCCCAAGAUGGCGCCCUCCUGCGAGCUGCACCAGCGGGACUUUCAGCCUGUGUGGGGCGAUGUGGGUCGUGGGUUGACAGGUCUGAAGAAUCUUGGGAAUACGUGUUAUAUGAAUUCGAUUAUUCAAUGCCUCAACAAUACCGCUAUACUUUUCACGUAUUUCUGCAACGGACAAUACCUUGAACACAUUAACAGAUCACACAGCACGCGUGGUGCGAUAGCGGAAGAACUGGCUGCCGUGGUCCGCGCGCUGUGGUCCGGACAGUAUCGAUUCAUCGCUGCUAAAGAUUUACGGAACGAGGUCGGUAAACAUCAGCGAGCAUUCCGCGGAUGCGAGCAGCAGGACUCCCACGAGUUCCUCACCAUCCUCAUGGACUGGCUUCACCUCGAUCUACAGUUCACCAUUAAGCCGCCACACAAGGAGACCCUGGGCGCGUCGGAGCGCGCGUGGCACGAGUACACCAAGUCCAAGGAGAGCCUGGUGCUGCGCCUGUUCUACGGCCAGAUCCGCUCCACCGUGCGCUGCACCGUGUGCCGCGCCAGCUCCCCCACGUACGACUCGUUCUCCAACCUGUCGCUGGAGCUGCCGCCGCACUCCGCGCGCUGCACGCUCGCCGACUGCCUGAACCUCUAUCUUAACGGCGAGACGAUACCAGGCUGGAAUUGCCCCAAUUGCAAGGAGAAACGUGACGCAGUGAAAAAACUUGACAUAUCUCGACUACCCCCCGUACUGGUUAUUCAUUUCAAGCGAUUCUACGUCGACCCCAAGGAAUACAUGUGCAACGCGUAUAGGAAGAAACAGACAUAUAUAGACUUUCCACUGGAAGACCUGGACAUGAGGCAGUUCUCGCUGGAUUGUCCUGGAAAUCCUCUGUAUAAUCUAUACGCGGUGUCGAACCAUUACGGGUCAAUGGAGGGGGGGCAUUACACAGCAUAUUGUAAGAGCAGUGUAUAUGGAAAAUGGUACAAAUACGAUGACCACUUGGUGACCGAGAUCCCAGCCAGCGAGGUCCGCUCCAGCGCAGCCUACAUCCUGUUCUACACGUCAUGUACGCGGUCGUGAUCCCCUCACCUCACAUUAGACGCACUCACAACCGAGUGAGGCUCGAUCACUACUUUUAGGGGUACUUGAUUAAUAUAUUGUAUGGUAAACGAAUUUCAUAAAUUGUUUCGAAAAUGAUCAUAAACAUCGUUCGCGCUUAUGACGGAAGAAUUUGUAACAAUUCAUUCGAUAGACGCGCUAUGGUUACUAUAUUUUUUUUUUAUUUCGUAUGGAAAUCAUUUUUAAUAAUUGCAAAUUUUAAAUCAGUCUAUGGUUUCAUUUCAUUAAGUAAUUUCGCUGAUACCAAAAUACAACAUUUAAAAAAAUACAAUUUUUUUUUUAAGAACCGUUUUUAAACCUACAUAUUUAUUUGACGUAAAUAUGACCUUGUAAUGGAAAUAAUGAAAGAAAUCGAUAAUUAAGAAGUUGUGUGGUAAGUAUAUCAAAGGCAAUUAUUUAUGUAUCAAUUUCAGACUAUAAUUUAUAUUUUUCAAGUAAAGUGUGAGGGAGACAAAGCGAUCGUGCAGCCAAAUUGUUGUGUGCGUUACUAUAAUACCGGUCACACACACGCGUAAAACAUUCGUAUAUUGUGCGCAUUUGAAUGACAUGGGUUCGAAUAUUAAUUAUGCGAAUGUCUUAGUCUUGCGUCUGUGGUUGUGGUAUUCGUACACUGGAGACGAGAAACUAUGCAAUACCUCAAAUGCAAGCUAUGUUGACUGGUAAGCAUCAUCAUCACUUAAACCAGUGGUGUAAGAAUAUACAUCUUAAGUACGGGGACGAAGAAUUUCUCUUUUUUUAUAAAUUCAUCAAUGGAAUGGAAUGAAAAUCCCGGGCGUCAUCACGGCCAUUUUAUUUUUUAAUGGCGAAAUGUCCUUUACCUUCGCAACCAUGUGCGCUACUGGUACAAAUGUGUGGAAGAAUACGUAGAAGUUCGAGGUUUUCUUGCUUUGGUGUGCGUCAAAAACCAUGGAAAACCGCAAGAGCAGCGAAAACGUUACAUAAUCGUUUGCAAAUCUCAUCCUACACUUGUGAUUUUUAAUAUUAGUGCGAAUGUAAGUGACCGGCAUAAGAUUGAAGUAACGCUCAGUCGCUUUGUCUCGUUUUAGAGAUUCAAUACUGGUAGGCGCUGUCCAUAGUCUGCCUAUAACUAAUGAUUAGGCUACCUACGAUAUUAUACACAUUAAACAAAAUCUAAGUUUUGUUUAUAAUGCGUCGAUAGAAGGAUAAAAACACCAAAACACUAAUUUAUGAAUUGUCAAUUUGUGAACCCUUACGUUAUCGCGACUUAAUGUUAUUACAAGACAUUAUCGGUUAAUUAUACAGUAUAAAAUAAUAUUUGUUGUGAUUUUAUAUAAAACAAUGUUUACAUAAUUUAGGUUAUCCAAUUGCCGCCUUAUCUUCUGUCAUCUUGCUAUCACCAAUGGGUCUUAUCGUUAGUCAAUUCAUUAGUUUUAUAUCACAAUGAAAUUAAAAAAAAAAACGUAUUUGUCAUUUCUAAUAGAUUUGUAGAUCUAUAUUAUUUUAUAAAACCAAAUAAUUUGAUGACGACUAAUCGAUUGAUAUAUUUUAGUAUAUGUAAUCAUUAGUUAUGUUUUAGUUUUAAAAGUAAUAGUAAUAGUUAUGUUAUUUACUUUAUUAUUUGUGAUUUGAGUUACUUAUAUAUCUUUAGUCUUUCUAUACAUAAAUAUUUACUUUAGAUUAAGGAUGUCCAUACUCGUGUAGGUUUUUGAUCUGUGUGUAGUAUAAAAGAGAAUAGUUCCCAAAUCAUGAACCUGAGCUGUGUGAAAAUUAAAAAAUCAUUGAAAAUAAACUCAAUCAUUAUAAUAGGAAGCGACACCAAAAGCAUGGACAACGUGUCUAUGGAGUUUUGUCCCAAUAUUGGGAGAAGGAGACACUUUUAACGCUUUUAAAACAUUUUCCACUAUGCUACUCCAGUAUAAUUUAUAUACUAGCUUCAGCAUGAAAUUAAUUAUAAACACAAAUGAGGCACAUGAAAAUUCACUAGUGUUCGGAUUUGAAACCGCAAUCCCCGGUUAUAAUAUAUUUUUUAUUGAUUAUUAUAAAUCAUUAUAAAUUUAUACUUUUCCAUUUUUACUCGCACUAAUAAAACCUUUUAUUUAUAUUUGCCAAUAAAGUAAUAUUAAACAAAACCUUUAAAGAUUAUAAAUUGACUUUCAAAGCUUUUACUACUUAUAGUAACUCCCAUUAUGAAAUAGUCAGCUAGAUCACAUCUGACCAGCAUGAGUAUGAAUAGCCUUACCAUAUUUUUAUUUUUUUUAUUAUUCCGAAUUAAUUUCAGAUAUCGUGUUCUAAAUAAAAAAUUUAAAAAUAAUACCGUACCAAAUAAUUUCCAAUUCUUAAACGGAUUUUAAUAUUUUGUCUUCCUAAUUCCGAUCUAAACAUUUAUUGUAAAUUAAAUAUAUUUAAAUUUAUAAUUUGUAUGAAUAUCUGCUUAUUAUAAAAUUAGGAGCGUAUAAAUAUUUUUGUAUGUCAUAAAGGUAUUGGCUGUAUAAAAUGCUUUUUCCGUUAAAAAAAAAAACUAUUUAUUAUCAAUAAUAAUUUAAUUGUAUGCAAGAUUUCUGAUGGUAAGAAGAAAGACUGAGUAGUGUGUGGUAAUUUAUAGCAAACCCCUCGAAAUAAAAUGUAUUUAUUGCAAAUUUAUUUGUAUAAGAGAAAUGGACCAAAACCAAUUCAUUAAAUUAUCACGGCCUGGGUAAAUUAGUUUGCUAUUCUGGAAUAUGUAGUCUUUAGAAUGUAUAGAAAAGACAACCGAAAUUAUUUUUCCCUUACUGUUUCAUAUAUAAUAAUAUAAUAAUUUUUUACUAUCACUAUUACUAUAGUUAAAUUAGUUAUGAUUAUAUUGAAACUAUCAUUCUAAAACUGGCAUUGUUUGAUAGUAAACUAAACAUAAGUGAUCGGUUUUAAGUCUUUGUAUACAAAUGUUUUUCGACAUUUCUGUAUAAUCCCAGUAACAGAUUUGUGGCACAUUCUAUUUUUGAAUAAAAUGUUUUUCUUUACAAGUAAAAAAAGACAUAUUUGUCCCUUUAAGAGAUUUCUUCCAACACACAAAGGAAUUUAUAAACAGAAGAAAAAUUAUAGCAAAUCAUAACAAAACAUAAUGACAUAAACUCCUUAAUGUUUUUAUCAACCACAUUAUAAUCCAGGGAAAUCUGAAAGUGAUCUAAUUCUGUGUCCAUAUUCUUGUACUUGUAAAUUACAAAUUCAGCUUCAUUUGAGAGGAUGAUUUGUAUGAGUGUAUUGGUUUAUUUCUCUGUAAGGAAUAUUGUGUAACUAGUUAUUACAUUAUGUAUCGAAUUUCAGUGCCUGAAGCGAAUAUUGUUGGCUUUUAUGACGCGAAGUAUUAUCCAUUAGUGCCAUUUCGCUAAAACAUUUCUGUUAAUAUAAGAAAAAAUAAAUGAAUAUUUUGUUUAUAAAUGUUGUUGUAUGAAAUGAUUGUACAUACAAACUUAAAAUUGAUUAUUAUUGUGUAAAUGUAAGACAAACUUUAUUAAAUUCUUUGUUAUUAUU